GCCCGACACGCACCCGCCUUCGCCCCCGUCUCAGCGGAGCCGUCGGGGCCCCGGGAACGGCCCGCGGAGCGCGGCGGGGAGCGGGCCCCCUCCCCCUUCGCCUGCCGUCCCCGCGCGGAGGAUGAGGAGCCCCCACCGCCGAUCAAUAGAAAUAUGCAUUUCCAUAAUACCACCUUUGAACUAAUGAAGUGGAAGUACAGAUGAAAACAGUCUGGAGGAAGCUUGAAGUACAAUACAGUUUCAUUGAGUUUCCUAAUUUGGAGGAAGCAAAGGUGGAGAAGCUGCAGAAGCAUCCGUGCAGUCAAGCACCGAAUGCUGCAUUAGGCUUCCCCGAGCAGCCUGAGCUUAGCGUUUGUCCGGCUGAGGGGCGGCCGCCCUGCACAGGAGGGAUCAAGAGUGAACAAUGACUCGAUUGAGAGUUCAUGAGCAACUGCUUGGAGCCUAUCUGCUUAUCAUUCUCCAUGUUCAAGGUCAAAAGCCAGACAGCAUGCUUCAUGGUACAGGAGUGAAGACAAAUUCUGACCAAAAGAAGCAAACAAAUGGAGUAACACUUGCUCCAGAAGACACCUUACCUUUUCUGAAAUGCUACUGCUCAGGACAUUGCCCAGAUGAUGCUAUUAACAACACAUGCAUAACUAAUGGGCAUUGCUUUGCCAUCAUUGAGGAGGAUGAACAUGGAGAACCCACGCUUGCUUCUGGCUGCAUGAAGUAUGAAGGUUCAGACUUCCAGUGCAAGGACUCGCCUAAGGCGCAGUUACGCCGAACGAUCGAGUGCUGCCGUACUGACUUCUGCAAUCAGGAUUUGCAGCCAACGUUACCACCUCUUGACAGUUCAGAUGGACUUUUUGAUGGCAGCAUUCGUUGGAUGGCAGUGUUGAUUUCUAUGGCAGUCUGCAUAAUUGUCAUGGUCAUCUUACUUAGCUGCUUUUGUUACAAGCAUUACUGUAAGUCGAUGGCAAAGAGGCACUGCUAUAAUCGUGACCUGGAACAAGAUGAGGCAUUUAUUCCAGCUGGGGAGUCAUUAAAAGACCUUAUUGACCAGUCCCAGAGUUCUGGGAGUGGAUCAGGACUACCCCUGUUGGUUCAGCGCACUAUUGCCAAACAAAUUCAGAUGGUGAGGCAGGUUGGAAAAGGGCGAUACGGUGAAGUGUGGAUGGGCAAGUGGAGGGGUGAAAAAGUGGCAGUCAAAGUGUUUUUCACCACAGAAGAAGCCAGCUGGUUCCGAGAAACAGAGAUUUACCAAACUGUUCUCAUGCGGCAUGAAAACAUCCUCGGUUUCAUAGCAGCAGAUAUUAAAGGCACUGGCUCCUGGACACAGCUCUACUUGAUCACGGAUUAUCAUGAAAAUGGGUCACUGUAUGAUUUUCUGAAGUGCACUACGCUGGACAACAGGGCUCUGCUCAAACUGGCCUACUCUGCUGCGUGUGGCCUGUGCCACCUGCACACGGAAAUCUACGGCACACAGGGCAAGCCCGCCAUCGCACACCGGGACCUGAAGAGCAAAAACAUCCUGAUAAAGAAAAACGGAACCUGCUGCAUUGCAGACCUGGGUCUGGCAGUCAAGUUUAACAGUGACACAAAUGAGGUUGACGUUCCCUUGAACACCAGAGUGGGAACAAAACGUUACAUGGCUCCCGAAGUCCUGGAUGAAAGCCUGAACAAAAACCAUUUCCAGCCAUACAUCAUGGCUGACAUCUACAGUUUUGGGCUGAUCAUCUGGGAAAUGGCUCGGCGCUGUGUCACAGGAGGUAUUGUUGAAGAGUAUCAGUUGCCAUAUUAUGACAUGGUGCCAAACGAUCCAUCCUAUGAGGACAUGAGGGAGGUGGUGUGUGUCAAACGCCUGCGCCCCGUGGUGUCCAACAGAUGGAACAGCGACGAGUGUUUAAGAGCAAUAUUGAAGUUGAUGUCUGAGUGCUGGGCUCACAAUCCUGCCUCGAGGCUCACCGCCUUGAGGAUCAAGAAGACGCUUGCCAAGAUGGUGGAAUCACAAGAUGUAAAGAUUUGACAUAGGAAAUGGACUUUGGAGAGCAAAGCUGGACUCCCUAGAUCUUUUCACUCAAACAUGGGUGAGGAAGAUGGAAACAGAGAAGAGGAAAUAACUGAGAUUCAGUAUAUUUUCUCAGCACACUUCCACAGGCUGCUAAUGAAAUCUUUCAGUACUUCAUAGACCAUGAUACUGAGAGCCUCUAUACACUAUGUGCUACAUGUAUGGACAGCCUUGAGACAAUACACAUUUUGUUUUGGUUUGAGCUGCAUUAAGACUUCAAUCAUACUUCAUGAGUCUCCAGUAAAACUCUGGGUACUGAAUUGAAUGUUCAGAUUACGGUGCUUUCUGUGAAAGCCUAACAAGCUAUAUGGAUUCAACAGAGAUGGAGAAUAUAAGCUUUUUUUUUGUUUUGCCUUCUACCUGAUGAAACCUAUUCAAUCCAUACCAAGUUUUGGUGAAACAGCCUGUAGGUUAUGAAUCUGUUCGUGAUACUAUUCAGUUUAACAGUUCUUUAUGCCUUUAUGUGUGUGCCAGGAUUAUUUUGCUGUCAUUUGGAAUAUACAAGAAACCAUUUAAAUGAACAAAGUUUUAUGGUCAGGGCUCCGUGCAUUUUGUGGCUCCACAAUCAGAGAGUUGCUACAGGAUCUUUUGCCAUUAAGUUAUCUUCAGAAAUCUCAGUUAUAAUUUUGUUUUCUGUUUUUUAUUUGGUCACAAAGAGAACUGCAAAAAUGUGAACAUUAAUUAAUUAAGGAAUGCCUACCUAAAUAUGUAAAGAGCUUGAAACAAUCUCUUCUAGAGAUGUAGGCUGCCUUGGUCAUCUCCCUUGCAGUCUAGAGAGAGCUCCAUAACUGGAUCCCUGAAAUUUGUCAUUUUUUUUCACAGUGCCACAUGCAACCAGCAUUUUUGCCAUAGAAUACUUUACAUCUUAGCAGAAAGAUCGAUGGCAAUGUGUUUUGCCUUCCUGCUGUAUCGAGACUCACUGACAAGUGUCUGUCAUGCUGUGAACUUCUUCCCACAAAGGAGGGGAUUUGUCAGCUGUAGCAAUGUGCUCUUUCAUCAUUUGACAAAACUAGGCAGAAGGGGAGUUUCAAAAGGCUUGAGAACAAGUCAGGUUUACAGAGACAAAGAGGGAAGGCAGGAAGCUCUGUGUGCUCUGAAGAUUAUAGAAUGCAGUAAAGGUCAAGACCAGGAGAACUGAGUGAACUGUUGAAGAUCAGAUCCACAGCGUGCAGAACAUUUGGAGCUGGGUUGCUCUGAUGUAGACACAGGAGGCCACAUCUGUGGGCCAUUGAGUGGAAGUGAAGAUUUGAGACAAGGUAAAUCAGUGGGUGUUGUAAGUUCUAGUUAAGUUUGGGAGGAAUGGCAUUGAAAUUAAUUCAUGAACAUACAGUAAAUUAGCACAAUUGCAAAACUUGGUUUUAUUGUGCCAACUCUUUCUCCAGGCAGACAGAACGAGAGGACACAGUCUUAAGCUGUGCCAAGGGAAAUGUAGAGUGGAUAUUAGGAAAAAGUUUUUAAUGGAAAGAGUGAUAAAAUACUGGAAUGGUCUGCCCAGGGAGGUGGUGUAGUCACCACCCCAGGGUGUGUUUAAAAAAAGAUUGGAUGUGGCACUCAGUGCCAUGGUUUGGUUGAGUGGCAUGGGUUGGACUUGAUGAUCUGGAAGUUCUUUUCCAGCCCAGUGAUUCUGUGAUUCAGUGCAAUUGUUUGGCCUGCACGAGAAACUGAAGUUCUCCCAUUUUCACCACUGACCCACACAAGUUGGUUAGAAGCCAGAACCCUCCAUAAGGUACUGUAAAGUAGAAUUAUUGAUUUAUAACUCCUUUGGCACUUCUACUUGGAAGUUAGAAAAUAGAACCAUAACUCAAGUUGGACCUUCAAAGCAUGAAUCGUCUGAAGAUUGAACACACCAUAUUGGAACCAUUGAAUCUAUUUGAUAAUUUAAGUGCCUAUAACUUUGUACUGUAAAUCUUGUUCUAGGUAACUUUUAAAAGGGAAGUUAUUUAUACAGUGUGUUUUGUGCUUUAGGGGAAAAAAAAACAAAACAAGAAAUACCUUGUCAUAUGUACAUGUGUACAAUUAGAUAUAUGCACGCACACACACACCAUAGUUGAGAUUUGAAGAAAAAAGUUAAGAAUCAGACCAAUAUUGAUGAAAAAUGUUAAAACUUCAGAUUGAUUUAUGCCAGAUUAUUUGUUGUCUUAAAAUAUUUACAUGGAGAUUGUUUUGAUGUGUUUAAAUUUCCCUUGAAAAUACAAUUGACAGAAAGUAAUGUAACACAGAAGUAAUGUGAUUUGUGAACAAUUACAACCUUCUAGCAUGUUACUUUUUUAUUUUAAUCCUAUAGUUCCCGUAAUGUAAAUGGUCAGGCAAAAGAUUGCAGUAUUUUUAUUUUCUAUUGUGAUGUACAGACUUUAUUUAACAGUUCUACAUAUUUUAUAGAAAACUAGCUAUUUCAAGGGACUCUUUUUUUUUAACAAAGUCAUUACUUUUGUUAAGUAAUGCCUUUAAGUAUUAAUAUGUAUUCUGGCUGAGAAGUUCGUAGGUGUGUCAACUUUUAACUUAUUUGAAAACAGCAAGAGCUAUAUGAUAUUGUGCCACAAUCCUCAUGAUAAAGGCUUUUAAAAAAUAAAGUUUCUCCGUCCAUUGCCAAGAAAUAUAUGCUAAUUUUGCAAUUGUUAAUCAUGUCUUCGCGCAUAAUUUUUGCACAGGUAGUUGGAAAAUUUUUGGUAUAAGCCAAAAAAAGUAAGGGAUAAGCUUUUCUUUUUCUCUAGAGUUUUUAUCAAUAAGAAGGAAAAUUGUUUAUGUAGGUUCCCUGCUAGCUUCAACUUUCAAAGCCUGGAGAUCUGUCUAAAUUAACCCCGUCCUAUGUAGAAUAUUGUGUCAUUUCUUUUAGAAUUUGCCACAUCAUCAUUAGCUGUAAAUGUGUUUUGUGAGUUUUUUUAGUUCAUUUUUCCCAAGUCUUCAGGAAGCUCCUCCUGCAAUGAAUGAAUUUCAGUAAUCUGUACAUUUUCACUUAUUUUCUUUUCCAUCCUUUAGGUAUUUGCAAGGCAGCAAUAGGAUGGUUAGACACCUUAGCACCUAAACUGAUUGACCAGUUUACUUGAACACAGAGGGAGCCAACUGCUGCAAAGAUGAUUUUUUGAGAGGGGAAAAAAAAUCUUUUUUGCCUUAAACCUAAUUUAUCAGCACUUCAGUUCCCCUGUUCAUACUGGAAUGUAUCGUGCUUGUGUAGUUUUUGCUGUGCUGAACAGGAUGAUUCCAAUACUCAACAAAACGUUAACACUAAGGGAUGUCUAUACUAAUACUUAAAUCAUUUGGGGAAAAAAAGUGCUCAAAGCCAACCCAUUAAUUUUUACAUAACUAAGCAUAAUUAAUGCAGACUCCAAAGCCAAGCUGUAGCUUUUUGCAAUCCUGUAGAGUUCAGAAGCCUUUAAGGUCAGAGAGGAUAAUAGGAUUCUUCUGUUGGACUGAUUAAUCUACUUUUGGUGGUCAAAAUUUUUAGCAUUUGUCAUCCAAAAGAAAUACCCUCCAAAACUGGCAAAUGUGUUUUCUUUUUUUUUUCUUUUCUUUUUUUCUUUUUUUUUUUUUUUUAAUAUAAAAAUCACCUUUGUGGAAAAUAUCUUGGGGAGUAUCAAGCCUGUGCCUUGGAAGUUCUUAAAGACGUGUAUGGAGGAAUUUUUUAUGUUUAUUUAACCUGUUCCAUGGAAUUUUAGGUGGAAAUAAUUGGAGUCACGUCAUUCUUGUUGUUGCAGCAACCAUAAAAGGAAAGGUUUUGUGUUCCUGGUUAACUUGUAAAUUCCACCAGAAAUGUGCUAUUCCUGCAGAGAAAAUUAGGCUUACGUUCUGAGUUUAUUCUGAGUUUUACGUAAUGUAAUUGUUCCUCAAGAAACAAUUUUCCCAAUAUCCAUCAUUCUUUCCCAAUUAUUUUCUUAAUCAGCCUUUUUUGAGGUCUUGAAUGAAAUGUAAAAUUAAUAUUUGAAGUUACCUCCAUAGUACUCUAGAAUCAAAUUUUAGAUCUUGAUCUAAAUGACCAUUUGAAUGUGUUUAUAAAACAAAUCAUUUGGAUACAUUUCAUCUACUCUGUCUCAGCGAACUGUAUUUUAAUGAUCUAAAAGUGUUUGAAGAGCAGAGAUAUAAUUAAAAACCAUUCUCUUGCUAUUGCAGAUAUUUUUAAAGGGAAGUGACAUGCUUGUGUUCUGUGAGAUAUUCGAAUGAUUUAGCCUUUCCUCAGCUCCUGGCAGUGCCUCUGAGUUCAGUCUUUGUCCUGUGCCCCCAGUCUUUGUUCCAGGCAGGGCUGAUGUCCGAAAGCAGCUGGCAGUGUUGCACAGGACAGUGUUCAUGGAGCCGUGCUGCUCAGCCUUGGUUGUACAGCAGAGUGCACAUUACUUCUGGGUUCUCCACAAAUCUAAUGGCAUUGUUGCUUUGUGAUAUUUUACUGUUUAAUGCAAUUAUAGAAGCCCACAUCAUGUAGUGACGUUUGUGCUCUGACGUGACAUGCCCAAAAUGAAAUGUACUAUAUUGUAUACAAGAAGAAUAAAUAACGUUGUAGUUAACCUAGAGAAGAUGUAAAUAAAAUAUGAAAGAAGAGUGGAACAAGACAAAUGGUCACACUCUUGUGUGUGUUAUAUGCCAGAAGUGUAGAAUACUACUUUAAAAAUGUAACACACUAAUGUAUUUUGUACAGCAUCUGCUUUAGAAGGUGCCUUAUUGAGUUUACCAUGAAUUGCUUGUUCUGUACACAGAUUAUGUCCAAUGUAUCAUUUUUAAGUAAAUAACCUUAUUUUAGUA